GAUGAGUUUGGCGCACAGGUUUGAAUUUGGUUCAAGGGAGCGGCAUUUCAGUUUUACCUCUACUACGCGAACAUGUCAUCAGGCAUAAAACCCACUGCAGAAUGUGAGCGUCUCUACAAGAGCUUGAAAAUGGACAAUUUGUACCGUUAUAUCAUAUUCACUAUCUCGAAUAGCGAACAGAUAAUUGCGUCGAAGGCUGCCCCAAGAAGUGCUACGUAUAAGGAAUUCAAGGAUGAACUGACAUCUCGCAAGGAUACAGGCUGCUAUGCUGUUAUUGACUAUGAGUGUGAAGGAAUUAAAGGAUCAAACCUGAUAUUUGUUUCAUGGGUUUGUGAUUCUCUUCCUGUCAAACAGAAGAUGUUAUAUGCGUCAUCAAGAGAGGCACUUAAGAAAAGGUUUGAAGGAUUAAAGGGUGAUGUGCACGCUGUUGAUCUCGAAGGCGUUGCCGAGUCUGUUAUGAUAAGUAAAGCUAAGGCGAAGUCUGUGGGAUAUUAAAGCAUUAUAUUGUUUCUAAAGCAGUCUUCGCACACUAAGCACUACGAGCACUUCAGUCUACUGCAAUGCUGUUGGAAGAAUAUAACUACAGUUUGUAUACUAUUUGCUGACUACACAUUGUGUCAUGAAAUAAAAUCCGAUUUUUGUAUUACAUUUUGUUAUUCGUUAGAGAGUUAUCGAAGGAAAGCGAUUUCAGUAGGUAUAUGUUUAUGCCUUGUUGUUUGCAUCGUUCUUGACUGUUGUAUAUAUCCUGUAACUUUCAUUGAUGCUU